CCCCCUCCCUCACUGAGUGCCGCCGCCCCCCUUCCCUCGCCUGAGAGCCCCCCCUUCCCUCGCGGAGAACCACCGCCCCCUGUAGCCGGUUUCCGCCGGUUUCCCUGUAGCCGCCGCCUCCUUUCGGUGUCCUUCUCCCCCGGACGGCAACCUCCGCGGCUCCGGUCACCGACUCACAGUCGCCGGACGGCCAUGGGGAGGAGGAAGAGGAGCGAUAACGGCGAGCCUGAGAAGGGGGGCGCGAGGGAGCGCUGCCCUGCUACUAUCUUCGUUUCCAAUCUCCCCUAUUCGUUCAAAUCCUCCGAGCUGGAAGAAGUGUUCAGCGAUGUCGGUCCGGUGAGGCGUUGCUUUAUGGUCACCGAAAAGGGUUCUGAAGUAACCCGCGGCUUUGGUUUUGUCCAAUUUGCCUCUGUUGAAGAUGCUGAGCGUGCCAUUCAACUUAAAAAUGGUUCAGCUAUUGGUGGUAGAAAAAUCAAAGUCAAACUUGCAAUGCAUCGUCUUCCUCUCGAGCAACGCAAGAAAAAGGCAAAGAAUGAAGUCCAGUCAAGCGACACCGGUGCAAUAAAUGAGACAAUUGAUUCUUGCAGUGUCAAUAAACAUAAAGAAGCUUCACAAGCACAAGGCUUAGAAACUGCAGGAGUUACCAAGGAUGCGAGGAAUGUAGUGGUACCAGGCAGUCACCCUCCGGAUAAGGCAGAUGGCUCAGAAAAGCAGAGGGUUGCAAGAACUGUUAUAUUCGGUGGUCUUAUUAACAAUGAGAUGGCAGAUGAAGUGUUCCAUCUGGCUGGAGAUAUUGGCACCAUAUGUUCUAUAAAUUAUCCUCUACCAAAGGAAGAGCUAGAGCUCCAUGGGCUUUCUCGAGACGGAUGCAAACUAGAAGCUUCAGCAGUACUUUAUACUAGUGUCAAGUCUGCAUGUGAUGCUGUUAAAAAGUUGCACCAGAAAGAGAUAAAGGGUGCUUGUGUUUGGGCUCGGCAAUUGGGUGGGGAGGGCUCAAAAACUAGGAAGUGGAGAGUGAUAGUCAGGAAUCUGCCAUUCAAGGUUACAAUUGGCAAGAUCAAAGAUAUCUUUAGCUCAGCAGGUUUUGUGUGGGAUGUGUUAAUUCCACAAAAAUCAGAAGGAAUCUCAAAAGGCUUUGCUUUUGUCUCAUUUACAUGCAAGCAGGAUGCAGAAAAUGCCAUAAAAAAUGUCAAUGGGCGUGUGAUUGCAAAGAGACCUAUUGCUGUUGAUUGGGCUGUUCCAAAGAGAGUAUAUGAGGUUGCUACAAAGUCUGCUACUUCAAAAGAUGAAAACCUUAGUGAUGGCGACAGUGACAACGACAGUGACGAGCAAGAUGAAAUCAGUGAAGAUAAUAUGGUUGGAAAAGAUGUUGAACUUGAGACUGUUGGAGAACCCCAGCACCAUAAUGGUGAAAAUGAUGCAGUUCAAAAAGUUUCGAGUCCUUUCAAGAGUGACAUUCUUCCUGUGGAAGUAGAUUUUGAGAGAGAGGCAGAAGUUGCUAGAAAGGUUCUUGAAACCUUGAUCAAAUCCUCGGCACAUGUAUCUGAUCCAUCACAUGGUGACAAUUCCAAAACAGAUGAAAGUAUGGAUAAAUUUCAAAAGAUGUGGAAUUCUGAAAGUAAGGAAUCUCUUUUGUCUGAAAAAGAACCUGGCAUAGCUGAACCUAAAGUUGCCAAAGGAUCAGAUCAUAGUGUUCAAGCAUUGAAGAAAAGAGACACCAACUUGGAUAGAACAAUUUUCAUCAGCAACCUUCCAUUUGAUAUUGAUAUUGAGGAGGUGAAGCAAAGAUUCUCUGUUUUUGGGGAGGUUCAAUCUUUUCUACCAGUCCUUCAUCAACUCACCAAGCGACCAAGGGGAACUGCUUUUCUAAAAUUCAGUACAGCAGCUGCAGCAGAUGCAGCAGUUACUGCAGCAAGUGCUGCACCUGGUUUGGGCAUCAUUAUGAAGGGGAGACCACUGACAGUUUUAAAGGCUCUGGACAAGGAAUCAGCUCACAGGAAAGAGCUUGAAAAAACAAAGAAUGAGGUUCAUGACCGACGCAAUUUGUAUCUGACAAAGGAAGGUGAGAUUCUUGCUGGAACACUAGCAGCUGAAGGGGUCUCAGAGGCUGAUAUGCAAAAACGUGAGAUGUUAUCUAAGAAAAAGUUGGAAAUGCUUCGAUCUCCUAAAUUUCAUGUAUCGAGAACUAGACUUAUUAUGUAUAAUGUGCCAAAGACAAUGACAUCUGAAGAAGUGAAGAGACUUUGUAGAGAUGCUGUCAUUUCUCGUGCUUGCAAGCAAAAACCUAAGAUUAAACAGGUAAAGAUCUUAAAGGAUGUGAAGAAAGGAAAGGUUUCUGUCCAGAAACAUUCACGUGGUGUCGCUUUUGUUGAUUUUGAAGAACAUGAGCAUGCACUUGUGGCCCUAAGGGUUCUUAAUAACAAUCCGGAAACCUUUGGUCCAGAACAUCGCCCUAUCGUGGAGUUUGCUCUUGAUAACAUCCAGAAAUUAAGGCUGCAGAAAGCUAAAUUAGAGACUAUAAAGCAGAAUCAUGGCAACUCUGAAGAUAGACUAGCAAAUCCGCAACAAAGCUCUUCACCUGAGUUGAUGGAUACUGACUUGAACAGAAGGGACAAAAGGAGGUUAAAAAACGCAAAGAGCCAGAGAGACCAUGAGAGAUCAUCUAAUGUAUCUGGAUCUCCUGAAGGGCCCAAAGUGGAGCUAGAUGUGAGUGGCGAGGGAAGAAAUGCAGAUGUAAGUGCAAGUAUGGAAGAUAAAAAACAAAAGACAGGUCUUGUGAGAGGAAGGAAGGUUAAAGAAUCAAGAAAUGGGAAGUCAAUUGUAAAGCCAAACUCCCUUCAGGGAGGCAUAGAAGUUAAAGGAAAGCAAUCAAAUGCAGAAGAAAAGAAGGAUAUGUCCGCUGGAAAGGAAACAAUAACAGUUUUGAAGAAAAGGAAGAUACAAACAUCUGGUGGUUUGGAACAACGGAAGGUGCAUAAAAAGCUGAAGAAAAUAAAGGAAUCAUCAGGAGAUGUAGUAGAUAAAUUGGAUAAGUUAAUAGAGCAAUACCACUCCAAAUUUUCUCAGCGCAAUUCAAACAAAGCCAAAGAUGCUCCAAAUUCUGGCCAUAAAGAAGUCAGAAGAUGGUUCGAGUCAGAUUCUUAAUAGGCAUCACUCGUCAGAUUUUGCAUGUACAUCUUGGUGGCAGAGUUUGUUGAGUAGUAAAAUAUAUGCAUUCCCUAAAUCAGUUUUUGGUUGGGGAUUUGGCACAGCCAAGUCCAUAAGAGUCCUGUUUGCAGGAUCUUCUGCAAUGUAAGACUGAAAUCUGUCGAUCUAUGAUAUGAGCACUGUAUUUUUGUGUCAAAAUUGACUACUUGCAAAAAGGAAAGCCCGUUCGGUUGUUUUGCUUGCUGAUAA